UAAUCCAUGGGUUGGAAGAGCAAUCUGCAGGCAGUUGGAGCCUGAGGUGAUCUCCAGUAACUCACCGAAGAGCUGGAAACCUGUAGCCUGUAUAGUUGACACCAGUUUGGACCGCUGAAGCCAUGUCUGAUGAGGGCCUUAAUGUUUUGCUGUCUACACUGCUGUUUGGAUCUCUUCUGGUGGCAGUCUUAGCUCUGCUUUGCUACUUCACCUGCAGACUGGCAGGAUCCCUGCCCCUGGGCGGACCUGGGCGCUUUUAGGACUGGCAUCCUGCAACCGAGAAACGCUGUGACACGGCUACAGACCGGCUUCCAUCGCUUCCCAAAGUGGCAUCUUAUGGCUGUCUAGAGUUACGCAUCGGCCGCACUCAGACCACAACAUGAAAGCGUCAGGCCUGCUCAUCGCUUGCUCCUGUCUGAUCUUUGGAUGCGCGGGGCAGCCACAAUUCCCCGAACAGGAGAAAGAUCCCAGGUUCUGGAACGGUUGGGCUCAGAAGACCUUGAAGGAGGCCUUGACACUUCAAGAUCUCAAUAAGAACCAAGCAAAAAAUAUGAUCCUUUUCCUCGGAGACGGGAUGGGCGUUCCCACAGUGACAGCAGCUCGAAUCCUGAAGGGUCAACUGAGCGGACACAGCGGAGAAGAGCAGCAGCUGGAGAUGGACAAGUUCCCGUUUGUCUCUUUGGCCAAGACAUACAACACCAAUGCACAGGUGCCAGACAGCGCGGGCACCGCCACAGCAUACCUCUGCGGGGUUAAGGCCAACGAGGGGACGGUUGGCGUGAACGCAGCUGCCGUCCGCUCCCAGUGUAACACCACAAAGGGCAACGAGGUCACCUCCAUCCUCAAAUGGGCCAAGGACGCAAAAAAGGCCGUGGGAAUUGUGACCACAACGCGUGUGAACCACGCCACUCCAAGUGCGGCCUACGCCCACUGCGUGGACAGAGACUGGUACUCCGACAACGAGAUGCCAGCGGAAGCCCUGCAGUUCGGCUGCAAGGAUAUCGCCAGACAGCUCUUCGAAAACAUUCCCAACAUUGAUGUGAUUAUGGGCGGGGGAAGGAAAUAUAUGUACCCCAAAAACAUGUCAGAUGUAGAAUAUCCCAAUGAAAUCAAGCACAGCGGCACACGGAAGGAUGGAAGAAACCUGGUGGAGGAAUGGACGAACAAAAUGAAGAAUGAGAAGGCCCAUUAUGUAUGGAACAAGAAUCAGCUACUAUCCCUGAAUCCAAAAAAUGUGGAUUACUUGCUGGGUCUUUUUGAACCGGGGGAUAUGACUUAUGAACUGGAUAGGAAUGCUGACACUGAUCCUUCCCUGACAGAAAUGGUGGAUGUAGCCAUCAGAAUCCUACAAAAGAAUCCCAAUGGAUUUUACCUCCUUGUAGAGGGAGGACGCAUUGACCAUGGCCACCAUGAGGGCAAGGCCAAGCAGGCUUUGCAUGAAGCUGUGGAAAUGGACCGAGCCAUUGGCCGGGCAGGUCUCCUGACCAGCACUGAGGAUACUCUGAGCGUCGUUACUGCAGACCAUUCACAUGUGUUCAGUUUUGGAGGCUACACCCACAGAGGAAACUCUAUAUUUGGUCUGGCCCCCAAGUUAAGUGACGUUGAUAACAAGCAUUUCACCGCUAUUUCGUACGGAAACGGACCUGGUUACAAACUUAUCGAUGGGCAAAGAGAGAAUGUUUCGAAAAUUAAAUCAGAAGACGACAACUACCAGGCACAGGCAGCUGUACCUCUGAGGACGGAGACUCAUGGAGGAGAGGAUGUUGCGGUGUUCGCCAAGGGUCCCCUGGCUCACCUGUUGCACGGCGUGCAUGAGCAAAAUUACAUUCCCCAUGUGAUGGCCUAUGCGGCUUGCAUUGGCCAGAACAAGGACCACUGUAUGAGGAGGAGUGGAGCUGUAGGCUUACAGCCAGUGUUCUCAAGCAUUGGAGCCAUUCUCGCGAUCACUUGGCUCUUGUGCUGACCCCAUUUGACGCGUUGUCCUGUUAAUAUUAUUUUAAGUUUUUAGUAUUUUGUGUUAUUUUGAAAUGUCUCUAUAUGAUAUUUUUCUAUAACGAGACUGUGUUUUUACAUAAUUAACAAACAAAAUCUUAAGUAUUUGUUCAGCAAUUUCAAAAAAAUCUCCUGCCCCAAUUGAAUUGCGACCGUUUGAUCAAAUAAAAAUUAGUAUUAACAAAAAACAAGAUUUUAGGAAAAACUGUCUAGAGUCUUCCUCCUGACUAUUUCUUCAGUUCCGCGAAGAAGGCAUGCAGAGGAUAAAUACUGCUGAGCCACAUAGUCUUAGAGAGCGGUCAAAGGGAUUUGUCAGCUUACUUCAGUUGUUUCAUGUUUCAGGAAAAAAAAAUUAUUCAAGACAGAGGAAAAAACCCACUAUAUUUCUCACCAUUCUGCCACAGAGCAAGACACAAUUAUUCUCAGACUAUGGAAAGUAUAUCAUUUUGAUUAUUGAAAAUUUGUAUUUAUUUCAGUAACUUAACUCAAUAAGUGAAACACAAUGAAUAGAUUAAUUGCACAAAGUGAUGUUUUCAAGCCUUUAUUUCUGUUAAUUAGGAUAGUUUUUCCACUUGCAGCUAAUAAAAAUAUGACAUUUAAGAUUAGAAUAUUACAUCAGACCUAUAAAAACAUGUUUCUUACAAAAUAUGGGCUUAGUGAAAAGUAUGUUUAAUAGCUGCAUAAAGGAUGUUAUUUUUUAAAGGUACUUUUAAUCUGACCAACAAUCCUCACAUUGUAUUACAUUUUCUUUAAAUGUGACUGUAGAUAUACAUAUAUGCUUUGUUCUGUUCAGCCAGUUAUGCAAACACUCCUUACGCCAUACUAGGAGGAGCUGGUAUGCCAAUCAAAGAAAGCACAGUAAUUUCAAUCUUGGACCAUUUCCUUUAGUUUUCAGAACUAGUUGAAGCAGUUGAAAUCAUUUUUACCCUGUUGCUUUCAUUAUAUACAAAACCUGAAUGUCUGAACUUGUAUAACAUGCCACUGCGCAGUGAACAGAACCUACCUCACACCUUCCUGAACAUUCCCACGGGCUAUUGCCUUAAUCAUACCAACCGUUUGUCAUCAGGAGACAACAUCUUGACUGAUUUACACACGUGCACAUACCCCUACUUCCCCGUCUUGUUUUGGCCAAUCAGAAGCUGUCACAUCCAAUAAAACAGUUUUUUUGAGAUAAA